GUGCUUGCUCCUCCUCCUCUUUCAGCGCCUAUGGAGCAACUACAGGUAAGUAAUGUGAAUCUCCAACUUGAUUUGUAUUCUUGAAGAACUUUUUCGUUCUGAUUAACCUUGUAUUUCAGCAUCAGUUGUUCUUCUCUGCUCACUGGGGGUUUGACCACGUCCUUCCUGAGUUUCUCUCGCGGUUUCGGUUUUAUCACCUGUGGCUUGAGAGUUGAAGCAGCGAGUCCUGCUUCUAGCUUUUGCAAACCUACAAACAGUAAAGUUUGGUAUUACUCUACUAACAAAGAGAGUCAUCAUGGACCUGAAUGCUACAUUCUUCUUGUAUUUAAAUCUAGACCUUCAUAAGUGUCCAGGUAGUGACUUUUGAACUCCUUUUUGCUGGUGUCCCUGGAGGUAUGAAAUGCAUUCAUCUGAGAACUUGAAGACCUUUUCGAAGUUACACAUCCCUCUUGACGCUCACGCAGAUUUCUUCUCCUUGUUUCUAAUUUGUGAAGCGCUACAGACACAACAUCAUCGACAAAAACAAGAACAUUUUGGACAAGUGAACAAAACCUUUAAGAGCACCCUCACAGUCUAAAUACAAUGUUAGAUAAGAGGCUGUAACUUUCUUACACCUAAGGUAGUCAUUGUUUAUCUUGUUCAGCCUGGUAUCCUUGUUUUUUAGGAGCCUGGAAUGGAUCUGAUCUAUUCUCUCGCUUGUAACUUUAUUCUGGUUUUCAUCCCUCUGCUUUACAAGGUCCUUCAGCACGGCGAGACGAGCCUCCUGCAACCUGGAAAAUAAAGAGAACAGAGAGCAUCAGCAGCAAUCAAUCAAUCAAUCAAUCAAUCAAUCAAUCAAUCAAUCAAUCAAUCAAUCAAUCAAUCAAUCAAAUUUUGUUUAAUAGCGCCAAAUCACAACAGUUGUUAUUACAAGACGAUUUCCCCCCCAAAAAAGCAGAUCUGGACCACGCUCAUUGUUUGAUGAAUUAUCAAGACCCAACCUUAAGAUGGGACAGAUUUGACCCAUCUCAUCUAACGUGAGUGACAGUGGAAGGGCAAGUGUUGCAAGAUGAUAGGAGCAGUAACAUUCAGGCACAGCCUCUGCAAGACUGCUAAGCAAGCUCAGAAUUGAAUAUGUUGAACACAUUAUCUUUAGUAAGACAAAGUAUUGUAUGAUUUAGGGAACAGAAGGUGACUCAACAAUUGUAGAAAUAAACCUGUUCAAAACGAUGUCUCAGUCUUUACCAAUGUUUACUAAAGGACAGCCCAUGUAGAAGUAACCAUGUGAUGUAUAUUGAAGAUAAAAAACUUGAUUAAUCAUGCCUCUUUAAACCCUCUUAAUGUUAAAUUUAUUAUUAUCCGAUACACAAUGUAUGCUACUGCACAAGUUCUGGGACUUCAUGGUAUGUAGUUGUCAUUGUAGUAGGCUCCAAAAGUAAUGUGACUAACUCAAGACGUACUUCCAGGUGGCUCAAACCACUACACCAACAAACUUUGAGUAAGUGUGUGGCUUUGUUCUGUAUUUAUGAAGUCGCUAGCUGGGCCAUAAGUGGAGAGAAAAGAGGCUGAGGUGCACCACCACUCACUUCUUGAUUUCUCCUUCUCUGAAAGCCCACUCUUUAGCAUCCAUCUCUUCCAUCAUGCGUCUUCUUUUGUCUAGCUGGCUGAGGUCAUCCAUUGGAGGAAGAGUGGCCUCCCAAGCUAGUCUAGCGCGGGCCCGUUGUAUCAUUUCCACUUCUGCUUGGCCUGCAGGCAGACCUCGACCUGGGGGAGCAGUCAUCAAAGAUUUCAGUGGUUAACACUGAUCGGCGUUGUACAGGCUGCACCAGUAGAAAGAGUGGUGAUGUAUGGAUUUUCCACGAAAACAAUACACUAUUGUCACCUCCAGUUGAAGCCUUUAUUAGUUUGUCACGUACCCCACAACAAAGUUGCCAUUUGCAGAAGCUCUGAGGGAGUUGUCCCUGGUUGUACCACAUAGUCAGGGCUGUAAGGGUCUGUCUGUGUUUCACUCUCCCUGUAGUCGGUCUGGACACCCACAGUAAAGUGAGUGGGCCCUUGCUCUGCUUUUCUUCCACAGAUAGGUUCAAAAUCAUCUCUGUGAAGAUGAAAAAUAAACAUCUGACAGCACAACAGCAAAAUGACACAUCAGAAAUGAUAAAGAAAAUAAAUAUGGGCUGUUGAACUUACGUUGGUAAAGUGAAAAUAAUAUUUGAGGGAGCUUGUUGUAAGUAUGGAAUCAGAGGACUAAAUGGAACAAAAGAAAAAAGCAAAUCAAAGACUUGAUCUGGAUCAAAUUGGAGACAAAAAGGCUAGGUAUAGGAUAGGGUAAAGAAUAAAACGGGGGAAACAGCUUUAUAGAAAAGUUUGUGGGACUAUAUCCCAACUUUAAUGAGAUAAAGCAGCUUUACUAUAUGAAAUAAAAUGUUCCAUGUGAUAAAUGUCAUCCUGUCUGCCCACUUGCUCACUGUGAAUUUUCUUUGCUGUGGUUAUACAUCAUCUCACCCUGAUCCCUAGUAGAAAUUCUGCUAUGAGUCUUACGGGGCAAAAAAAUCCUAAUAGAGGUGAGAUGAGAAAUUUAGUUGUUUGCAUUCAGACAUUCAUCCCACCCACCUAAUUUUGACAAUGCAUCUAUAGUUUCACAAGAAUGUAGGCUUGCAAAACAAACCGUUUGAAAAAUUUCCAGCGGUCCGCUCCAGUGACAUGACAAUCCUCCCUCUGCAACCGCAAUUUGUCAUUUGGAAUAACCCUGUUGAGAGAGUGAUCAAGAACUACGGCAACAAUUUCCAUAAGCGGGGUUUACAUUUGUCAAAAAUAUUAGUCUGAACAUUGAGGGAAUAGCACUAUUGAUCUCUUGAUGGUUAUGAAAGUUCUGUGUGUUAAUGUUACCCAGCCAGCUGCUGCAGUGCUGCCUUGCGCUGCUCUGCGUGGCCCUGCCAGCGACGCUCAAUAGUUGGUGGUACGGGGUCUGAAGCGUCCAGUUGAAGAGUAUAGCUCGGGUGGUGAGGCAGAGUACUGAACAUAGACUCAAAUACAGGCACUUGUCUCUGAUAAAGACAGGAAGAAAUACUUAAUGCAGUUUCCCCUCCCUAUGCUUCAUUUGUUCUGUGACUGGCUGACAGCUGAGGUUAUGUUUCAUGGUUUGUCCUAACUUUUUCUUUUGGUAAAGUGGAAUUACAUGCCAUUGAAAGUGAACAUAUCAGCUAUGAAACAGAUUUAUAGAUGACGUUUCUUUAAACUAUAACAGCCAAUAAAACCCCAACUUUUUAGAAAUAGCCUUCAUACCUUUUGAGCUUCAUAGACUUAACCAAAACAUAUGUAAAUCAAUGGCAAUAAAAAUACAGAGUGACCUAAUAUAGUCUGGAAGAGUCACCAAGUCUAGUGACUUAGUUAAAGGGAUAUUCCGGCGUAAAAUUAAUUUAGGGUUAAACACACCGUAACACCGAGUUAGACACCCCGUUGAAAGAUGAAGUACAUAUAGGGUCCCAGCCACAGCACUAGCCACCAAACAUCUUUUUAACUUUGCCUGAUUCUUUUAGCAAAGACACAAACCCAGCUCACCUACUCUCUUCCAGCAGCUGCUUGUUUGUAGCGAGACCUCGGGCCAGUCUAUCACGGACUACAGCAGAGUGACGCAGCUCACAGAAGAACAUAUAUGAUCAUUUCUUUAUCCUUUCCUUAAAGCAAUAAUCAUCAUAUUAAUCAUUUUGCACUGCAGAAAUGGUAGUUCUUCUGCCUUAGCGUCUUGGUCUGAUUGAAUUUCCAUGAAGAAAUGAUCAUAAAUGUUCUUCCUUGGGCUGCGUCACUCCGCUGCAGUCCGUAAUGGACUGGCCUGAGAUCUCGUUACAAACAAGCAGCUGCUGGAGGAGAGUGAGUGAGUUGUGUUUGGUCUCUUUGCGAAAGAAAUCAGGCAAACUUUAAAGAUGUUUGGUGUCUAGUACUAUGGCUGGGGCCCUAUAUGUACUGUUGAUGAAGUUAGAUGCUGUUCUGAACAUUAUUUGUGGCCAUAGAGUGGCGUUUUGGUUCAGGUUUAUCUAUGGCUCCUCAGACCGCUGUGUAUUGCUAUCGUGUGGUCGUUACUAAAGUUGGUAAAACCAGAGAAGCAAGCGGUCGGCAACAUUCAUCUCUCGAGGGUGUCUAACUCUGUGUUACAGUGUGUUUGACCCUAAAUUAAUUUUACGCCAGAAUAUCCCUUUAAUGCAUGGUAAUUUAGUGCUAAAGUUUUUAUUUAUUGACUUAUUUUUAUUUAUAUUCUCACAUAAACAUUGUUUACAGUAGUUAGGAUUACAUUGUUUGUUCAGGUAUCAGGUAAUCCAGCAGGUGGGGCUGUUGAGGCAGCUCAGAUUAAAGAGAGGAAAUAAAAAAGGAAGAAGAAGAAGAAAUAAGGCAAAACAAUGUGACCUGAUGAAUUAAAGUUAAAGUCAUCAACGAAACCAAGACCGUGCUGGACUACACGACCUCUUUUAAACACUCCUACGACCGGUUAACCCUCAGACAGCUGAAAAACCUGCUAGAGGCUACUGGACUCUACUUACAAUCCGAUCCUUCGAGGCAUGGGCCCUCAGGUUGGCCCUGGCAUGAUCUACCUCGGAUGAAACGGUGUAAACUGGAUCUGUAGCAAACAAUGAAGUUAGACGCAGCCAAAUAUGCUAAUGCUAAGCUAAAGCCGUCAAAUAUUCCAACCUUUGGUACGUUUACUUACCGUAAAGGUGGUCAUAAGCCCGCUGUCGCUGAACAACUUUGUUUGCUUUAUGUUUUCUCGGAACUGUGCGAGUUUCAGAUAGGCUCAUUUUGUUAUUUCAACAGUUAAUGUGUUUUAGUUUUCAAUUUAGGGCCCACAGACAGCUGUGGUGUAAACCCCGGCGCUACCAGGUAACCAUGGUGACGGUAAACUGACCGUUUUGAAGUGGGCGGGGUUACUGUGAGCACACCUCGUUUCCAUAAGAUCAGAAAUGACAGAUCAAGUAACGAUAACUGCAUGCAGCCGAUGUAUGAAUGUGUCAAAUCUAGACCAGAGUCUUUUUUUAUGGGGUAAGACCGCUUUACCUGUCUGAACUGGACAUGCAGAGACAGAGCAAGUUGAAGGCAAACAGCCCUGAGAGAACGCUGUCCUGUUGCUCACACAUAGACUGCAUAUACUUUACCAUUUACUACUAUACCAUUCUAUAUACAGUCUAUGUGCUCACAGAGCUACAAUACAUGAUUGUGAGGCUUUUGAACCCGAAAUUCAUCCACUCCAGAAUGAGUAUUAAACACUUAUAGAUAAAACAAAUGUUGUGUUUCCAAAGGACACUAAACUGUUACUUGAGCAAUAGAGUAUAAGACUAUGGAAGCCCUCAAAGGACAUGAUGAACCUUAGAACUCUAUCACUAAAAUAUGUAACACCAUCACUAUCACAGGGUGAUUGUAACCCGAAAUAAAAUACCCAAGAAAAAGUACUUCUCAUCAAAAUAUAUCAAAAUAGGAUAAAGUAGUUUUUUUAGCUGUGCAAUGUCCAAAGGGAGGGGAAAAAGUGCCAUGAGGGGACCAUAUAAAAAUGCAACAAAAUAACUGAAAUUAGGCAUUCAUGGACAAAAAAUCUUUAAAAAUAAAAUAAAAGAAACUAUAAACUUGGUUUCUUUUCCACCCAUUCCUGGGGCAUGUAAGUCUUCCCUGGUGAAGACUCAGGGUCCUUGGCACAACAACAGCUGCAGGAAAGAGAGCCAAAACAUGUAUUAUGUAUGAUAUUUUGAGUGAGUAAAAAUGACCAGCUGACCAAAAUAUUUCUUAUUACUGUAUGAAUUCCCUUGAAAAUUACUACUUUUUGAUAGUUAUUCAUAACCACUGUGCUAAAUAAAGAUAGCAUGCAAAUUCCAGGACCACUCUUACUGACCUUAUUCCCUACAUGCAGCUAUCAAAUCCACCCAAACCUACUUUACCCUCUAUCACUAUUGCUGAGUGAAAAUCUCCUGAACACGUGCCUGUAGGAAAAAGCAGGUUUUGGAUCAGGGAAACAAAUAUGCCUUUCGAAGAUGUCAAAGUCAAUGCUGAAGCUACCCAGGGACCCAUGAUACUCAGACAAAUGCAACUUAAUGAAAAUCAGGUAAACAUGUUUGGUUGUGUGAAAAUCACCCGGCGAUAGUGUUUUAGGGUUAAACACCUUUUUUUCCCCUUAGUUUUCUUGAGAUCUGGAAAACAAAGCUUGUUUUCUCAAGAUAACAAGACAAUGUGAAAAUUAACUUGAGAUUCCAACAAAAUGGAAAGAGAAAAAAACAUCUAAUCAUGUCUUUUUGGAGCUUCCAUAGUCAGUUUUAAUUUCAAAUUUGCUCAUUUUGUAAAAAGUUUACACUAACACUUUUUAGUGCCAGAAUACUAUGUUGUUGUUGUUUUUUGGCCUGUUCUGAAUUUUGAGAGAUGGUUGGGACACAAAAAAUGUUCAUUUUGACAUCAACAGGAAGUUGUCUUUAUCUAAAGGAAACAGGGCACACAUUCACAUAAAAGCUAAAGGCGACACAGAGACUAUAUUCUCUGCUUUAAAGUUAUUUUUUCCUUUUUUUGAAAACUGUUUUUGGAUUUGAGGAACACAACUGAGCAAUAUUACUUCACAUUUUGCAGGUUUUGCAACUCUGUGGAAAAGUUUGUAUUAGUGCAAACUGUGCUAGCCUGCCAGCUCACAGUCAGCUGAACUUCUGCUACCUAUGAGUGAGAUAAACAACAUCUAAUAUUAGGCUUCGGGAAAAGGAGAACAGAUAUAUGACUGGUUGAAACUCUGGAUUAUUUCAAAAAUGACUUCCUUUCAGCAGUGUCAGCUCUGUUUUUGAAAUCAGAACAAGAUCAGCUGUGGAUUUCACGAGGUCAGGCUAUUCGAGGCAAGUUUCAGGAAGAUGUCUGACAGCUUGAUGGUGCUAGUUACUGUUCACAACUGUUUAACGGUUUUUCUGCAGCAUGCACCAGCAGACUGAGCAUACACGCCAAAAAAAAAAAAAAAAAAGAUAGUGACAGCUUUCAGCAGACAACAGGACAGAUAACAUCAAGAUUUCUAAUUGCACACGUAGCCCACUCAGAAACCACAAACUCCACAUACAGCUUGCUCAUCAAAACCACAUACACAGAGGCAGUGCAAAAUGAGUUGUCAGCUUAUCUUUGACCUUCAAAUAGGGCUGGAGUCAGUAUUAAUGCCUGUGCCCUGGAAGGAAGUCCUUUGGUUAAAACAAACACUUAUGUCACAAAACACCACAUUGAGUACCAUACUGGGUUAGACUGGAGCUCAAUACAUUUAUUAGAUUCUUAAAGAGGUAACAAAAUGACUUUCAUAUGUCCCCUAAAAAGCCAGGCAAUCUUAAAGACUGAGGCCUUCUGACUUUUAAUCCAGCUGGGCUUUAUAAAUGAUAACAAUGUCGCGAACAUGUCUGCUUUUGUGUUGUCUUUCUCAAAUGUGAUCAUGUGACCAACAAAAGGAAACUGGUGUUUCGACUUAUCAGACGUCAUCCUGUGUGGGAGAAGGAGGCAGAUGUAUGCGUGGAAAGAGGUUUGAGGAUGGAGGAAGAGAAAAAAGAAGGGAGGGAUUAGUUAGUCAGAUGUUUUUUUUUAUACAUUUCCUCAUAAUAAGGCCUGCCAAAGAAUUUUCAGUUUAGACUGGAUGUGGUUGAGAACCCUUCGCUCUCAAACCCUGAGCUUACUAGGCAUACGAAGUAUCUGAGAGGGUUAAAUGAACCAGUAUCUGGAGCUGAACCAGUUUGAUGACACCAUAGAGAGGGUUCAGGACUGAAGAUUCAGUAGAAGUAUUCAUGUUUGUCUGACUGGAGUGAGAAGACGGUGGUUUCAAGGGGACCUUAACUCAACGAAAGAUGAGGGACGUGAUGUGGAUUUGUGCCAUGAUUAUCCUCUCGCUCUCUGAAGCAUGGAGCCAAAAUCCAGGUUUGAGCUUUUUUUGUGAAAUACAGCUUAAAGACACAAGUACAACUGUAGAAAGUACACAAAACCUGAAAAAAAAAACAGUACGCCGUAUCUAUAUUUGUUCUUGUAUCUCACAAAUCUGCUGCUUUAGGAACUUGAAAGGAUGUAAAUGUAUUUUGUUGCUGUAUUGCUGUUUACAUUUUGACACAGAUUUCAGAUAGAGCUAUAGUAUUUUAUUUCACAACUCUGACUCAGUGUGAGUGGCAAACUAUUAAAAUAAGUAAGUGGAAAGUAGAUCAGAGAUUUCUGUUGGAGUCGUGCUUUGACUCACAGCGUAGACACUCAGUGGAAAGAACGUGCAUGGAGGUGGGUAAAGAAGCUGACAAAGGAGGGAAACUUUCCACAACAGAUGUAUGCACAGGUUGCCCCACAGUUUCUGAAUGAAUAUGGUAAGGCUUGUUUCUUGUUACAGUGACCUUAGAUUGAAGAGAUAACACAAUUACACGGCUUUUCUCCACUCUGGGGUUUCAUAAAGGUGGAGGAGAAACUUCUGUUUGGGGGUCUGUGGUUUUGCGAACUCACUUCAUGCGUAGGAUUUUGUUUACACCUGUUUGUAGUAAACAACAUUAAAACCACCAUAACAAUCAGGAGGGACUUCAGCCCUUGAAUAUUGAAUUUUCUCCUUUGCUUUGGGAAAAUAAGACCUGAACUUGUUGCUCUGCUGCUGUUAAUCACAUUAAACUUGUUCAGCUUCUCUCCAUAACUAACUCACGGACUAACUACUAAUAACCAAUAACAGGUCAAACGCAUAGAUCUUUCCCUGCCAAUUUACAUCUCUAACUGUUGCUUUCUGUCUAAAAAAACCCCGGACUACUAACUCUUUCCUAACAUCCACCUCUUUCUCUCUCAGGGUCUAAUCAAAGCAUCCCUGUCAUCACCAGCCCGCCUCCCACAUUUUAUGGUAAAUUGAUCUUAUUCUGUUAUUUUUUGAUAUCCUGAGAAAAUAAUUUUGUCACACUAGGUGCACAAAGUGCUGCAUGUGAAAGCUCAGAACACUUAACUCCUCGUUAAUCCUUGCUCACAUAUUAACCAUAUUUUAUUUAUCCAAAAUUAACAUCUAAGAAUAAAUCCUUUGCAAGCAAGUUUGCAGUGAAAAAGUUAAGAUUGGUCUUAUUUUUCUGUUUAUUUUGGAAUGUACAGUGAAAAAAAUAUGGGAAAAAAUAACUAUAAUAACUAUAAUUAUAAUAUGAAAAAAUGUUGGGCUUUAUUUUUUGAGGACUGUAUAAAAAUGAAAUGAUCAUUUUACUUAUUGCAUUUAAAAAAAAAAAAUUAUGUUAUACUGCAAGGUUUCUUAACAGGACAUGUUCCAAACACUGUUUUUUGUAUGGAUCCUGUUAUGUCGUGCUUUACUUAAUAUUAAAUUGUCACUUUUGUUUGUCUUCUACAGUUGUUAGAAAUUUAUCUGUAAAUCUGGGGACAGAUGUGAACCUGACAUGCAGCAAUAAGACGUGGGAUGAGACCCUUUUUGUCACCUGGAACAUUUUUAAAAACAAGGCAAAAAAUCCUUGUAUGAUAUCCUUCAUCCCUGGUGGUAAAAGAGUGGACUCUUGCAAGGAUGGGAAAUCUCUUCGAAACACAUCCCUCUCUCAGUCAUACCUGCACAUCCCAAACUUCUCAAAGGAUGAUGUUGGGGACUAUAAUUGCCAUUCGCCCUACAAAGGAGGAAGUGUAGAUGUUGUCAUAAAUCUGAAUGUCACAGGUAGGGUUAUUCUCCUUACAUAUAGGGUCUCGGCACAUGUCUGGGCUAGUAGAAAAGGACCAUUAACUCAUUUUUUUCCAUGUCUGACACCUUUUUUCACAGUUUUGAAGAAAGUUUGACUCUCAGUUCUGACUUCGAAUUCAGAAUUUUGUCCAAAAACUGACAAAAUUCUGAGUGGGAGACUUUAAAAUCAUAAUCCUAAAAAACUGAGUUCUAAUUCAGAGUUCAGACUUUUUCAGACAGCUGUGACUAACACUUCUGUAAUGAGAGAGGAAAUGUUAUCAUUUAGGUCUGAACUCUUACUUAAAUCUUGGAAUCCUAAGUAAAUAAGUAAAGUCAGACAUUUUGACUUUUUCCAGAUUUUUUAAAAAGCUAUUCUGAGAAAUGUUUAAAUUCAGAAGAAAGUCUGAAUUUAAAAAAGUAAGACCUUGACACCACAUGCUUUGUUUGUGCUUAUAUUCUCAGUUACAGUUUAUGAAAACAAAGUUAAGGGUAGUUAUUCUGUGUCAAAGAAAUUUUUGUUUUUUUUUCUCACACCAAAAAUCAUAUUCUCUUAUUUUUCGCUUAAAAAUCAAAUAGAGAUAACAGAGUAUAAUGAUCAUGUGGAAAUUUUUUUUUAUGACUCAGAGAUUAAAGUCAUCAAUUUAGGAGAAUAAAGUCAUAAAGUUUCUUGCUCUUAUUCGCGUAAGUUUAUGACUUCUCAUAUAUUAAUGAAUUAAUUUUCAAAGGUUUACGACCUUAGUCGUAAGUUUAUGACUUAAGUUUAUGACUUUAUUCCGAUAUGUUUAUGACUUUAUUCUCAUAAGUGUACAAUUUUAUUCUUAUAAGUGAAUGACUUUAUUCUUUUAAGUUUAUGACUUUAUUAUAAUAGGUUUACAAUUUUAUUCCAAUAAGUGUAUGACUUUAUUCUUGUAAGUUAAUGACUUAAUUUUUAUAGCUUUACAACUUUAUUCUCAAAACUGAAACUGCACAACCGACUAGCCAGGUGUGAAUUAAGUGAAGAGUCAUAUUCAACCCUAUUUAAGUGUGACUGAUAGAUCUUUACUUUGGUUUUUAUCCCUCAAAGCAGUGAUCCCCCCUAACAGUGGGCCUGUAGUUUACUCAUGAUGACUUUGAACAAGUAGAACUUCAACUAAAAAACUCCAAUCCUGUGUGGAAGGUGAAACUUUGAAGAAAUGUAGAACAACCUUGUCCACGUAGUGAUUCCUGUAGUUAAGUUGACCUCACCUUAACACAGAAAUCUAAAUCUCAUUCUUAUGUUUCUGUUCCUAAUGACUCAGUUCCUCCCAAACUUUUAAUAUGGUUGGAGCGUAAGGGCAAUUGGUCGGUGGUGGUGUGCAAAGCUGAAAGAGGAAACCCUGCAGCAAAUAUCAGCUGGAGUCCUGUUGGGAAUUCAUCUUUCGAUAAAACACUUGACUCCCAAGGGCUCUAUACUGUCGAAAGUCGCCUGGUGCUUCCCAAGGGAGCAGAUGCCAAUAACCUUAGCUGUGUGAUCAAACACCCCUGCUUGGAAGAGGAGCUGUUUUUACAAGACGGCAAAAAAGGUCAGUGAUUUGCCGAGUGCAUGACACAAGAGAAGAGACUUUAACUUUAGAGUUAGUACAGAGGAAAAACCCUCUGCUUUAAAAACUACAGGAACGCAGUUAGCUCUAACUUCACUUUAUAUCUUCACUUUCCCACUGUAGGAGAAGUUCCCUGGCUGAUCAUUCUUUUUGUUGUGAUAAUCUCCAUAUUACUGGUCGGAUGUUUAUUUGUUGCACAAAAGCAGCUGGGAAUAUUGAGGUAAGAACAAUAAUUUGUCCAACAACAAACCACAGUAACCACAUUCAAUCCUUCUCAACUGAUCACUUAGCUAGUUUGUGUCUUUUUGCACUUUAUUCAGGCGAUGCCAGCGCUCUGACUCAGACCUCUCCACAUCCAAAUCUCAAACAGUAGGUUAUUUGUCGGUAAAGCAGCACAUCAUAAUCUGCAUUCUUGCUUGCACUUCGGAAAGCCUCUUUCAUGAAACCCCUCUGUUUCUUUUCAGACAGAGGAUGUGGAGGAGGUAGAGCCGUACGCCAGCUACAUUCAACGUGUGAACUCUAUCUACAACUCCUCUGCUGUUUUGUACACAUAAGAUUCAACACUGAACCCAGCGCUGAAGUGCUCUCGGUGAGAAACUGAAGGGUGUGAAACUGAGAAAUUGUGAAAAAAUAGAGAGACAGACAUGUGAAGGCUGUGAAAGACUUUGAUAAAUCUUGACUAAUACUUGACAAAUGGAAGAGGGGAUGUACCUAAUACCAAAUGGGUGUCAUGGAGGCUAUUAGCAAUAACCGGAUAAACUGCCAUGAACCAAAGAACAAGAUCUUGAACAAGUAUCCAUGUGCAAAUGGAUACAACAGUUAGACUUUUAUAAAACACCAUGUCUGUAAAUAACAUUUAUAUACUAACUCACAAGAGUUGUUCUCCUUUUAAAACAGUAAAAGUGUCAGGAAAAGAGUGUAUCUAUUAUUAUUGAGUCAUUAAAGGUGAUUUGUGUCUUAAUUUAUGAAGUAAUCAUGUUAUGUCUUAUUGUAUGCUUGGUCAAUAAAUGUUAAACUCAUCUGAGCA